AUGGUUUGCUUUAAAUUCAUUCUAACGCCAUGUCAAAACAAAAAAGGAAAGAAUUUGUGGGAAGCGGUCUAUCAGAAAGUUUUAUGUGUUUGCUCAUCAAUAUCUUCUGGACGUGAAGAGCUUACUUCGUGGGAUUUUUCGUUUUUUCCAGAUAAACUCACCUACAGGAUAGCUCAUCGCCAAUCACUCUUUUCAUAA